UACAAAAUUAUUAAGCUCACAAUUUUAUUUCCUUAAAAGCAUCGGUUACAAUGCUUCAUUACAAUUACACUCAAUCUCUAUCGCAUUUCUUAAGUUACCAUCAAUUGGACGCCGAUCAAAAUCAAGAAUCCGAUCAAACGGCGGGCAAUGAAGAGGAAUUGAAGAACUCUACAGUUACAACGAAUAAAUCGUUUACAAUAGCUGCAAUUUUGGGUUUAAAUAAUAGUGGAGGUGGUGGACCGGGUGCUGUUGGUUCUGGUGGAGGUGGAAGUGUUGGUGGUGACGGUGAUUUUGGUAAAGACGGAGAUAUGAACGUGGUUAAUUUAAGUGUUCAUCAUCAUCAUCAUCCCGGAAAUAUUGGGGAAAGAUCUUCGUCGAUGGGGUGUCCAAGGCUACAAUUACCGACGAUUCGACAAGGAAAUAGUGGUGGUUUGGGUCUUCAGCAUUACGUUACUGGAGGUUGUAGUACCGCUGGAAAUAGACACGGUAAUUCUGUUCGUGGAUUAAAACAUUUAACAAAUUCCGUAAUAUCCAAUAAAAAAGCGUGUAAGAGUAAACGGGUGAGAACGAUCUUCACGCCGGAACAAUUAGAACGAUUAGAAGCGGAAUUCGAACGACAACAAUACAUGGUUGGUCCCGAGAGGUUAUAUUUAGCGCAUACCUUACAAUUAACCGAAGCCCAAGUUAAAGUUUGGUUCCAAAAUCGACGGAUAAAAUGGCGAAAACACCAUUUGGAAUUGACCCAACAACGACUGGCCGCGUUAAAACAACAACAAUUAUUACUGGAUGAUACCAAUGCUGAUAUACAAGAUACAAACAGUUCCGGGACAGAUACUUGAAAUCAAUUUCUUACUAAUGAAGAUGUAGA